CAUUUUAUUUGGUUAAUUAAAAAAUUUUUUUAAAUUGAAAAAAUGAUGUUGCAAUUUUAUGAUUCUAAUAUUUAAAAAUUUGUAUUUGUUUAUAUAAAUGUACUUUAGUACAUCAAUAAUGAUUGGUAAAUUUGUUACAAAGUUAAUACAAACAAUACCAACAUGGGAAGUGACAAAAUAUUAUGGAAGAGUGUGCAUAUAUCAAUUAAAAUGUCUAAAAUAUAAAAUUCAAACAAGCGAAGCAUGGUUUAAUUUUAAGUGCAAAUUUAUGCCUGGUAGUUUGAAUAAUGAAUUAGAAUGUGAAGAACCUAUUAAAACUAAAGCUAAAAAUGGAUCACAACAACAAAAAACACAAAAUGAAUCAUCUGAAACAAAAUCACAAAAUAAAUGCAAGAAUCAUGAAAGUACAACUUCACUUAAUGAUUUAAAGAAUACUUAUGUUAUUAAUGAAUUAAUGCCACAUACAAAGAAACAAGAAAAAGAUGAUAAAAAGAUAAUAAAAGAUAAUAAAAAAUAUCAAGAAAAUGAAAAAUAUAUACAUGAAGAAUAUGCAACAAAGAAAGAGAGAAAAGUAUAAUAUAAUUUUAAUCUU